AUGCAAUCGACCUCCUCCAUCCCUGCUUCCCCUGGUGCCGACAGAGGACCGAAGCGGGAUGACGAGAGUGGAGGGGAGUGGCCGGUGAGGGAGGCCAUCGGCAGCAUGAUGUGGGUGUCGACGUUCUCGCGCCCGGACAUCUCGUUCGCCGUGCGUGCGGUAGCGCGCCAUGCCCAUGCCCCUGCCGAGAGGCACUGGAAGGCGAUCGUGAAGAUCCUCGCCUACCUCAAAGAGACGAGGGACCUCGGGAUCACCUACGAACGGGGAUCGGGGUUGGGGCUGGCGGUGUACGUGGACGCUAGCUACGCCGACGCUGAGGAUGGCGUUCCGUGUCAGGGCUGGCAACAACGGUUGGAGGGACCGUCAUCAGCCACUUAUCUUUGUCGUCUACGAAGGCAGAUGCUUUCGUUUAUUGCCCCAGAGACCAGUGGCAGCAGCAUUCAGGUCCUUGAGGACAAUCAGGGGGCUAUGGCUUUGGUGCAGAACCCCCUCAGCUCAGCGCGUAGCAAGCACAUCGACGUGAGGUACCACUUCAUUCGUGGAUUGUUCAGGUCGGGGGACAUCUCGAUCAAGUUUGUGUCGACGUCGGAGCAGCAUGCNAUGUCUAGGUCGGGGGACAUCUCAAUCAAGCUUGUGUCGACGUCGGAGCAGCAUGCCAAUCUGCUUACCAAGGCUCUCAGCAAGAGCAGUCUGCAGUACCACCGGCGCAAGUUGAUGAAUUUGCCGGAGUAG